UCCAAACUCCAGCAGGACUGGGGCUCCGAAUAGCUCAGAAUCUAGCGUGGGCUUAGGCCUCGGUACAACGGGCCAGGGUCGCGCAGCUGCAGGCCUAGAUAAAUGGAAGAGCAGGGUGGGGAAGAGGGCGGUGUCUAGAGCUGAGGCUGUGAGUCUGGGGGGCGGGGCUUCAGGUGUUGUUAGACGAAAGCCGAGUUGACGGGUUGCAGGUCCCCUACGCGCUUGGGAGGAUGAGAGGCAUGGCUGGCGGCCUCCAGGAAGCAGAAGAAUAGGCGCCUCUGCUGUGGGGGCAAACGCCCAGGCAAUUUCUAAAAUUUAUAAUUCUCUAAUCGAGUGACUUUUAUGUUGAGCAAGUUUCUCGACCUGUUAACAUUUGUUGUAAACCAAGAUCCAAGACAGGCAUAACUUAGCUGGCAUUAGGAAAGGAACCAUGUCCUCCCCUGGAUAGCCCCUAGCAUUCUGGUCUUGGAAUAGCUGAAUCAGAUUCAUUCAUUAAUUCAUUCAACAAAUACUGUUGAGAGCCAUCUAUGUGCUAGGCACUCUGCAUAAGCACAGAGGAUACGAUGUUCACUGUGGCUGCUGUGUGGAGAACAGAUUGUAGAGGGUAGCAAGAGUAGAAACUGGGAGACCACUGAAGAAGCUGUUGCAGAAGUCCAGAGGAGGUUGAUGAUGUCUUGGACUGUGGUGGUGGCAGUUGAGAGAACUGUACGGAUUUGAGAUACACUGGCUAGGAGGGAGAUGACCUCGAUCUUACGGAGCCCUCAGGCUCUCCAGCUUACUCUGGCUCUGAUCAAGCCUGAUGCAGUUGCUCACCCACUGAUUCUGGAGGCUGUUCAUCAGCAGAUUCUGAGCAACAAGUUCCUUAUUGUACGAAUGAGAGAACUUCUGUGGAGAAAGGAAGAUUGCCAGAAGUUUUACCAAGAGCAUGAAGGGCGUUUUUUCUAUCAGCGGCUGGUGGAGUUCAUGGCCAGUGGGCCAAUCCGAGCCUACAUCCUCGCCCACAAGGAUGCCAUCCAGCUCUGGAGGACAGUGAUGGGACCCACCAGAGUGUUUCGAGCACGCCACGUGGCCCCAGAUUCAAUUCGUGGGAGUUUCGGCCUCACUGACACCCGUAAUACAACCCAUGGCUCAGACUCUGUGGUUUCAGCCAGUAGAGAGAUCGCAGCCUUCUUUCCCGACUUCAGUGAACAGCGCUGGUAUGAGGAAGAGGAGCCCCAGUUGCGCUGUGGCCCUGUGUGCUACAAUCCAGAGGGGGGCAUCCACUUUGCAGCUGGAACAGGAGGCCCAGGGCCAACCUGACGCAGGCCUGUUGAUCUGUGAAGAGUUGUGGCAUUGCCCAGCCUUUUCUCGCAGACCUCUGGUCCAGAGCAUUCUCCUAGGACCAGGGAGGCCUGGGGCUCAUUGUGCCAUCUCUGCUGGGCACCGCCGCCUGCGUAAGAGCCUAGCUCCUCACUGCUACCUCUUCUAGAAUCUAACUCUCUACCUCUUCUCUGGAAUGUUCAUGGGUGGUUCAGAGGAAUGAUGGCUCCUUUUUUUAUCUGAGAACUGUUCAUUCUUUUUCAAGGAGGGGCUUGCCUAAUUGACUUGCCUGAAAAAUGCAGUGACCGUAUUAGCAACAUUUGGUCUAUUUCCCUUAAUAAAAGUCAGUAUUCUGAA